CAAACAACUUAUAAAUUCAUUCAAUUUCUAUAAUUUCAUCAAUCAAACCUCUAAAUUUCACCAAACAAGAACAACAAAAAGAUGGCUAAAACCGAUGCAUUCAUUGGAUCAAUCGAUCAAGGAACAACCAGUACCCGUUUCAUCAUCUAUGACAAACACGCCAAAGCCGUUGGAUCUCAUCAAAUCGAAUUCACCCAAUUCUGCCCCAAAGCAGGGUGGGUUGAACAUGAUCCGAUGGAGAUUAUUGAGAGUGUGAAGGUGUGUAUAUCGAAGGCGAUUGAUAAAGCUACAGCGGAUGGGUAUAAUGUGGAUAAGGGUCUUAAAGGAAUUGGGAUUACGAAUCAGAGGGAAACGACGGUUGUUUGGAGUAAAUCUACUGGUCUUGCUCUUCAUAAUGCUAUUGUUUGGAUGGAUGUACGGACCACUUCCAUUUGCAGGAAACUAGAGAAAGAAUUAUCAGGAGGAAAAACUCAUUUUCUUGAAUCAUGUGGGUUGCCAAUAAGCACAUAUUUUAGUGCACUCAAGCUCUUAUGGCUACUCGAAAACGUCGACGCCGUUAAACAAGCUGUAAACAAAGGGGAUGCUCUUUUCGGAACCAUAGACUCAUGGCUAAUCUGGAACUUAACCGGCGGUGUAAACAACGGUUUACACGUUACUGAUGUUUCUAACGCGUCAAGAACCAUGCUCAUGAAUCUAAAAACACUAAACUGGGACGAAAAAACGUUAGAAACGUUAAAGAUUCCGAAAAACCUUCUUCCGAAAAUCGUAAGCAAUGCAGAAGUUAUCGGGCAUAUUGCGAAAGGCUGGGUGAUCCCAGGAGUCCCGAUUUCGGGUUGUUUAGGUGAUCAACACGCAGCCAUGUUGGGUCAAUCGUGUAAAAAAGGCGAAGCGAAAAGCACGUAUGGAACGGGUGCGUUUAUCCUGUUGAAUACCGGCGAACAGGUGAUCAAGUCAACGCAUGGUUUGUUGACCACGUUAGCGUUUAAGCUUGGGAAAGACGCGCCUACGAAUUACGCGCUCGAGGGGUCGAUUGCGAUUGCGGGUGCGGCGGUUCAAUGGUUAAGGGAUAGUUUAGGGAUAAUUAGUACGGCUAAGGAGAUCGAGGAGUUAGCAAAUAAGGUUGACUCGACGGGGGGUGUGUAUUUUGUUCCCGCUUUUAAUGGGCUGUUUGCGCCGUGGUGGCGUGAUGACGCGCGUGGCGUGUUGAUUGGGAUUACGCGGUUUACGAACAAGUCGCAUAUCGCACGGGCUGUUCUUGAGAGUAUGUGUUUUCAGGUGAAGGAUGUGUUGGAUUCGAUGCAUAAAGAUGCCGGUGAAAAGGGGGAGAAGAAGAAUGAUAAGGGUCAGUUUUUGCUUAGGGUUGACGGUGGGGCUACUGCUAAUAACACUCUUAUGCAGAUUCAGGCUGACUUGUUGGGUAACCCGGUGGUGAGACCAGCAGACAUUGAAACCACGGCUCUGGGUGCCGCUUAUGCAGCUGGUUUAGCGGUUGGAGUGUGGACAGAAGCCGAGAUAUUUGCGAACGGCGAGAGGCUGAAGAAAGACACUACUUUUAAUCCUGUUUUGAAUGAGGAUCUGAGGAAGAAGAAGGUGGCAUCAUGGUGCAAAGCAGUUGAAAGAACUUUUGAUUUGGCUGAUUUAUCACUCUAAACCUGAAACCUGAUCAAGUGUUAUAGGUUCUCAUUUAAAUUUCGGUUUCUUUGUUUUUAUUUUGUGUAAUAAACGUAUUGUUCGAUUCGUGUUUGUUUGUGUGGCAUACGCGUUUUGAAUUUGGACAAAUGAAUAAUUUAUGUUUAUACGGGUUAAUGUAAAUAUUUUGAUCCAUCGUGUUUUUAACA